AUGACUGGUUUUCGAAAGACAAUAUUAAACUUAUUGGAAGCUUUGGUAAAUGAAACAGUCAUUACAAUCGAAUGGAAAGAUCAAGAUACGAUUAUAGCAAUCAUUCCAGAUGUCAAUAAUUCUGCCAUCCAGCAUUCAAUUGUUGCGAAUUGCAAAAGAAAAACCUUCUCGAAUGAGGUGGAAAAUUUUCAAUGGGAAACGAUUUUGGUUGAUAAUCAUACCAUUCAAAAUAUAAAUGUUUUUACACAGUUAGGUUUUAAUGAAGAACAAUGCGCAAUCCUGAGGCAGAAUAUUGAUGCAACUGAUUACCUUGAAGCGAUUUAUGAACAAUGCCGAUCGUUACGACCUAAAAUACUGGAAUCUAUUGACAAAUUACUUGGAACAUCUUUUUGCUCCACAUUUGAUCCCAUACAACCAAAAGCUUACGCUACUUUAUUAGCACAAUUACCAGCGAGAGAAGCACUGUUGAUUAGUGAAACAUGUGGUAAUGUCGAUGGUUCGACAGGAAAUCCACUUAAAAAUGUUAUGUUUGGUUCCAAGCCAGGUGCAAUUGAAAAUCAUCCAAUAUCAGUGUCAGCUAUACAUGGUACCUCACAACUUCUUUGUGUUUCUCACUCACGCGUGAAUACAAGAGAAGCAGGCGUUAUUCCAAUACAUUUGUUAAAUGAUUUGAAAUUUUAUAUAGACAAUCAUCUAAUUCCGAUGAAUAAAUAUGCUGUUGAAGUAUCCAACAGAGAAUCUAUUGUAGAAAACAAGAUCGAUGCUUUUGUUUUAUUAUCUAAGCGAAGUUUCAUUCCAUUACAUGGUGAUUAUCAAAUCAAGACAAGUUUUCCAGCACAAAUCACAUCAGAAUAUCGAGUAAUCGAUUGGAAUACAGCAGAAGAUGCCGUUGAAUGUGCCCGAAUCGUUUCUCAACUGGCAACUCUUUCCAGAUUACCAAAAAAUCUUUGGGUAUUACCAACAUUGUUCGCUGCUCAAGUCAAAGAUGAUGACAAUACAACAUUUUAUAUCCGCGGUGGACUUAGAAAUGCUUGUAGUAAUGGAGCUAUUGUUGGUUUACCAGAACAUCUUACACCAAUUACGGCUUGUGCUUUAACAGCUCGAAAUCUUUUGACACCGGAUAAAACCUUGUUUGAAAGUUUUGUUGAAUUUGGUUUCGAUCCCAUACGUUUGUUUGAAGAUAUUUCAGAUGGAAUCAUCGGUGCACAACUUCAUUUUAUAGCUAUUCGUUGGGUUCCAGAUGCUCAUACUCAAAAUGUUGCUUACUUAUUUGACAUGCAUGAGAAACGAUAUGCUGGCAUACUUUUAAAAGAUUCUGAAUGUGAGAAAAAUAAAAUUAUUCGUGAUGGUAAAUUGGGAUCUUUAAUAUUAAAUCCACAAUCAUCUACAUCUCAAUCUAAAAAAAUAUCCAGUGUUAGGACAAUUACUUCAACACUUUAUUUUCAUCAUACAAUCUACACAAAACAUAUUGAACCGAUGGCAUGUCUCCUGCAUGAGAAAUAUCACAUUUCGAUCAAAGAUAUUCAGGCCAUAGUUCAUAAUAGCCUAAACUCUUGGUUGGAAAAGAAUCCUGAAACGAACAUGCACCAUAAGAUUGAUCUCUCUGGUCGAUACUAUGAAAGAAAUUUGGCUUGUAAAACAUUAAAAAUCGGCCCAUCACCUUAUUAUCGCCUAAUCCGUGAUCAUAAACUACUCCCAUGUUCUUGA